UUGGGCGUGUCCCGCAAGCUGCUUGUGGUUUCGGGAAAGUCACAACGAUUCCCUUAGCGCCAUUUUGUCAACCCACGAUAUUAGACGUACCCUUCAAUUCAGCAACGCCAUAGUUGAAACGUUUUAACGGUACAUAGACUACCAGUUUUUGUUUUUCACUGUCCGAGUUCAUAUUUUAUAUGAGUGGCUAAAGCUAAGAAGAGUAAGUUAACCAUCUGGCUGCCGAAGUGUCAAAAUCUAUUAGUACAGUACAAAAACGUUUUGUCUUCGUAGGCCAGAAAAUCUGACGGUGGAGGCAAUUCAUAUAAAAGCAAAGGUAUUGAAAAUGACAGCAGAGUAAGUCAGUGGCAUCUUGCACAACUUGCAGAACCUGGUUUAUGUUUUUUUGUCUGGAUUACCCAUAUUUCCAUUGUUCUUGGAACUGCUCUAACCUAUUCCCAGGAAUUGUGAAUCGUCAACAAAAUGACAGAAUGUGAACCUUGUGAAAAGAAGCAUGAAAAUAUUUUAAAAAUGUUAGGAGACUUAAACAGAGACCUGGAAAAAAUGUUAGAGGAAACUGAAAAGUUAUCAGUGCAGGCAACAUGGAUGGCUUAUGAUAUGGUUGUCAUGCGUACUAAUCCUGCUAUCUCUAAUUCAGUGCGAAGACUAGAGACUGCAGUUCUGAAAUGCAAAGAAGAAGUAGAAAAAAACUGGCAAGAUAUACAAUGUGAAUCAAAGAAGCAAUAAUUUAUACAUAAAUUGUGUACAAAUAGCCUAUAUGCUUUGAAAAUAAUACAUUUAUGAUUUUCAUUUAAUGUUAGAUGUUCAUUAUGUCUUUUAGUUGUGUUUAUGGAUUAAACUUUGUUUUCAAGAUAUUCUUAACUUCCUGUAUUCUUUA